UGCCAUGUCCUGGGCUCCGCUCCUCGGCCUCCUGGCCGCGCUGCUGCUGCUGCUGCUGCUGACCCGCCGGCGCUCGCGGCGACCUGGCGAGCCUCCCCUGGACCUGGGCUGUAUCCCCUGGUUGGGCUAUGCCUUGGAGUUUGGAAAAGAUGCUGCCAGCUUCCUCACUAGGAUGAAGGAGAAGCAUGGUGAUAUCUUUACUGUGCUGGUGGGGGGCAGGUACGUCACCGUCCUCCUGGACCCGCACUCCUACGAAACGGUGGUCUGGGAGCCUCGCACCAGGCUGGACUUCCACGCCUACGCUGUCUUCCUCAUGGAGAGGAUUUUUGAUGUGCAGCUUCCGCAGUACAGCCCCAGUGACGAAAAGGCCAGGAUGAAACUGACUCUCCUCCACAGAGACCUCCAGGCGCUUACGGAAGCCAUGUAUACCAACCUCCUCACUGUCCUGCUGGGGGACACAGAGGCCGGCAGUGGCUGGCAUGAGAUGGGGCUCUUCGACUUCUCCUACAGCUUCCUGCUCAGAGCCGGCUACCUGACUCUCUACGGAGUCGAGGCACUGCCACGCACCCCUCAGAGCCAGGCCCAGGACCGCGUCCACUCAGCCGACGUCUUCCACACCUUCCGCCAGCUCGACCUGCUGCUCCCCAAGCUGGCACGUGGCUCCCUGUCAGUGGGGGAUAAGGACCGGGCAUGCAAGGUCAAAGGUCACCUGUGGAAGCUGUUGUCCCCAGCCAGGCUGGCCGUCCGGGUGCACAGGAGCAGCUGGCUGGAGAGUUACCUGCUGCACCUGGAGGAGAUGGGCGCGUCGGAGGAGAUGCAGGCGCGGGCGCUGCUGCUGCAGCUCUGGGCCACACAGGGGAAUAUGGGUCCUGCCGCCUUCUGGCUCCUGCUUUUCCUCCUCAAGAAUCCCGAGGCCCUGGCUGCCGUCCGUGAAGAGCUCGAGCAUAUCCUCUUGCAAGCGGAGCAGCCUAUCUCGCAGAUGACCACCCUCCCACAGAAGGUUUUAGACAGCAUGCCUGUGCUUGACAGCGUGCUGAGUGAGAGCCUCAGGCUCACGGCCGCGCCCUUCAUCACCCGCGAGGUCGUGGUGGACCUGGCCCUGCCCAUGGCAGACGGGCGGGAAUUCAACCUGCGAUGUGGUGACCGCCUCCUCCUCUUUCCCUUCCUGAGUCCCCAGAGGGACCCGGAAAUCUACACAGACCCAGAGGUAUUUAAAUACAACCGAUUCCUGAACGCUGAUGGAACAGAGAAGAAGGACUUUUACAAGGACGGAAAGCGACUGAAGAACUACAGCAUGCCCUGGGGAGCGGGGCACAACCAGUGCCUGGGGAGGGCUUACGCCAGCAACAGCAUCAAACAGUUCGUGUUCCUCGUGCUUGCCCACUUUGACCUGGAGCUGCUCAGCCCCGAGGCGGAGAUCCCUGAGUUUGACCUCAGCAGGUACGGCUUCGGGCUGAUGCAGCCGGAACGCGACGUGCCCAUCCGUUACCGCAUCCGGCCGUGAGAUCUGGGGGUCCACGCGCUCGCUGCCACCCAGCCUGCCCCCCAUCGCCCAGCUUCCCGUGCGCACGUUUGGCCUGGGUGCAGAGCUACCCAACUGUGCCCGCAUUACUACCCUUCUGCUUUUUCUCUAGAAGGCUGUGUGCGGGGGAGGGGAGGAAGGGAAGCAGAGAGAAGGCGAAUGAAGAAAAGACGCCAAACCUCUGUGGAUUAUCUGCUGCAGAGGUUUAGUUCCAAAAUGAGGCUCUUUCUGCUCCCAGCUCCCCUUGCUCCUCUCAUGAGAUCCACAAAAGCCAGGGCAGACCGGGCAAAAGUAGGGGACCUCACUGCUGUGCCCCCCCCCUCCCGGAGGUGGCCCUGUACAAGCCCUUGACGAUGGUGUGGUCCAGGCCUUCACCAGGCGAGGCAGAUGCUGGCCAUACAAAGGCCAGUCGCGAUCCAGCAGUGUGUCUCCUGAAAUAAGGUCUGUCCCCAAAUUAUUAUUAAACUAGCUAAAGCCAAAGGAGUCCCUUAGCAUAUCUGCUUUCCGAGGUGCCACACUCACUAGACGCUUCCCUUGUCCCUGUGUUCACACCAAUACUUGAGAAAAUGCAGGAAGGUUUGCCUGAGGCUGCUGCAUCCAAGGUGUAGAUCGUGAGCACCCUCCGAACACGGGGCUCUGGGGAGAGGAGCUCUCUGUUCCAGGGUCGUGGGCUCCAGAGGGGGCGGGAGGGCUGACACUCCAGUCAGGAAUAAGAAAGAGGCAGCCCUGAUGGGGCGGCCCCGAUGGAAGGGAUUAGUCGGGGCUUCUCAGGCUGGUCAAGACGAAAAAGAGGAGGUGUUGGUUUCCUACAUUCGGGCUCAGAAGCUCCGGCUGUGGGCACGAUCCGGUCUGCACACCUCUUUUGUUUGGCCUACACUUAAAAAAAAUACACUCUCUUCUCCUCCUCCCUCAUCUGGGUCACGUGCAUUCUGGUUCCGCAGGGUUUCCUCUUGGUCUGCUUCUCCAUCCACAGGACCUCCUGGCCCCUGACGGCGCUCGAGUUUGAGAACCCAGUUCUAAUACUUAGACGAGGUACUGUAGGAGGUGGUGGGAACCUGCUAAUUGGUCUUCAGACCAAUGGUCCAUCUUAUCCUGGGUGCACCACCCUUUGAACAAGCAGAUCAGUGAUGAAAACUUGCUUUGGCAUCGGCUUUAGAAAAAAACAAAACCAAAACAAAACAGCUCAAAGCAAAAAAUUGCCUGGAAAACUUUAUUAUGAUGGUAGACAUUAUUAUUAAUUUAGGUCCUAUUUAUUGAGGACUCUCUAAAUGCCUGUGACAGGCACAGUAAACAUAGUAUUUCUAUUUCUCACAGCAUCUCUGUGACGAGAGGAUGGUUAUGUCCUCUUUAUAGAGGAGGAAAUGGGCUCAGAGAGGUGAAGUGACUUGCCCGGGGUCACACAGCUUAUAAGCUGGUAGAAUUCAACAAAGAGACUUAUUGUCCUGGUAGCAAAUGCUAGAUAGGCAGCUCUGCAUUCCUUGGGCUCCAGGGGGUGGUGGAGGGGCAGUUCUGUUUGCCUUCAGAGAGCUGACAGAGCCAGAGGCCCCCAUGGUUGGAUGCAUCUCUUGAGACACAGACACAUGUACACACACAUAGCUAGGUCCCUGGAGCUUUAGCUGGAGGGGGAAAAGAAGACCUGAGAUCUCUGCAUGUUCCAGGGGCUAGUCUCUUCUCGGAGCAGUGCCGGGGCUUGGGGGCUUCCCUGGCCGUCAGCCUCCAGGCACCCCCAGGAUUCCCAGACAGACACUGUGAUUGGCAGGAGGCAGGAUAUCCCCAGGGAAACCCAUCUUCACGCCUGGGUGACCCCCGCUGCCACCUGCUUCUGAACUCCGCAGGAAAUCAGGGCUGGCAACCUCCUGUGGGAGGACAGAGCCGGUUUCCAUGGCAACCCUCAGCUGCCUCCUCCUGGCUUGGAAGGGAAGGAAGAAGGCUGGCAGAAAUAGCUGCAGGGAGAUCUCUUGUGCGUGGCUGCUACCCCGGUGUGCUGGGGGAAAGCCCUCAUGACUUCCUUCUUCCAGAUCAGGGCCACUUGUCACUGCGACUAGAUUCUCACGUGUGAUCAAAACAGGGCCAUUCUCUUUAAAGGCGGCACCUCCCUGGAGCCACGAUCGUUAGGAAGAGACGAUGCUCCCACCAGGCUGCUCCAGCAGGUGCUGGAGCUAGUGAAGUACAGCUUGCAGGACAAUGAUGUAAACCCUCCCUGUUUUCAUCUUUAUUGUUUUUCUUUUCUUCUUUUUUUUCCCUUUCUUCUUCUUUUAAAAAAUAUAAGCAAUAAAGAAAAGAGAGGAAGAUGACUGGGUUAGCCGUUUGCUACAGGUUAGUUAGGAAGGGACCUGGACAUCAUUGUGUUUCUUCAUAUCUUGCUUUAGAAUCACCAAAUUGCAGGACAUAUGUGAGAAAUACCCUUAGGUUGACCUGAUGAAGUGUUUCCCUACCGUCCUCAUUAUUAUUAUUUUUUGCUAUAUUUUGUAUUGUUGUUUACCAGACAUUUUCCUUGAAACAGACUCAUUUUUUUAAACUUCAGUUUGUUUAAAAAGGGAACUUUUUUCGAUCACUGCCGGUAAUGGGCAACAUGUAUCACUCGCUGCCAAAAACAGAAAGUGACUGUGAAAAAUGAAUUCGCUGGAGAGGGCGCCUCCAUGCGGGUGUCACCAAGGCCUGAGGUCUGUCUCUUCUCCGUUACAAAAUAAGACGAGCGAGUGUUGGAGUGGCGUUAAAGCCAUGCCAGCACCACCCUGAGACUUUCUCCUUGACGACCACGGGUGAAAGGGACGGGGGAAGGAGCAUGCUGCUCACCGCGUGGGUCAACCGUGCAUUACCCCUGGUCCAAGUGCCGCCCAGGUCAUCUCCUACCACCAGUGGGCCCCACUGCAGUGAGCUGGUGACGCCCCACCUGCCCGUUCUCCGGAUGGAGAAACAGGCUCUGAGAGCUGAAGUGUCUUGCCCAAAGUCACUGAUUUUUUUUUUUUAUAAACAUAUUGUUUCGUGAGGAGCUGUAGUUGUCACGCCUCGCUGCUUUAAUAAAGAGUUCUAUUUUCAUAUGACAUUGUUGAGCGGAGACAUGCUGAAAUAUAUUAAACCCUCCUUGUUUGUGGAA